CCGGUGCUGGAUGUGUGCACACAGAGAGAGCCGCUCAGCGGGGCUCCGCCACACAGCAGAUGCGGAGCCGGGAUGAGGAGCGUGUGUGUCGCUGCUUUUUGUGCGGCUUCGGUGUUUUCAAUUUGAGAUGCGAUUUAACAACCAAAACAAACUGCGUUCACCGAAAAGGAAACCAUUUGCACUCCGGUGGUAAAUGAGCGUGGAGACUGUGGACAGAUGAGAGUCGGGAGAAAGUGAAUUUGGAGCUUUUGGAGGCACUUUUGUUGCUCUGCUCUGCUGCUCGGCUCUUUGUGCUGCGGGUUGCAGCUUUUCCCUUUUGGAUAGAAAGGCCUCCAAGAUAGAUUCCCUCAGGAGUAAAGUGGACUUGCUGCGCCUCCCUCUGGCCCUCUCCACCAAGUCCAUCAGCAGUCGUAAGAGCCAGCUGGGCGUGGUCUGGGAGAAAGGCGGCGGCUCGGGGGCAGGAGGGGCCCGGAAACACCGCCCACCGCCGGCCUCCGACAUGGACAACGAGUCGACGUACUCGGGCUACUCCUACAAGUCGUCCCACUCGCGAAGCUCCCGCAAACACAGGGACAGGAGGGACCGGCAUCGCUCGAAGAGUCGCGACAGCACCAUCCGCGGAGACAAAUCAGUGACCAUCCAGGCUCCUGGAGAGCCGCUGCUGGACGCAGAGUCCACCAGAGGAGACGACAGGGAUGACAACUGGGGCGAGACCACCACGGUGGUCACUGGCACCUCCGUGGACAGCGUCUCCAACGAGGACCUGACACGCAUGACGAAGGACCUUGAGGAUUCUUCGCCGCUGGAGUGCCGGCGUUACCUCAGCCCAGCGUUGGGCGCCGUCCUGGGGCUCUUUGCUCUCAUCACUCCUCUGGCCUUCUUGGCCCUCCCACAGCUCCUUUGGCGGGAUGAACUGGCACCUUGCGGCACACCAUGUGAGGGCCUUUACAUUUCUCUGGCCUUCAAGCUCCUGAUCCUCCUCAUCUCCACCUGGACGCUGUUCCUGCGCCCGCCCAGAGCCACUCUGCCACGCUUCUUCAUCUUCCGCUCUCUGCUGCUGGCAUUGGUCUUCCUCUUCGUGGCGUCCUACUGGCUCUUUUACGGGGUGCGGGUGCUGGAGCCCAGAGAGACGGACUACAGGGGGAUUGUGGGAUAUGCAGCGUCUCUGGUGGACGCACUGCUGUUCAUUCAGUACCUGGCCCUGGUGCUGCUGGAGGUCCGACAUCUGCAGCCCGCUUUCUGUCUAAAGGUUGUGAGGACUACAGACGGACAUAGUCGCUUCUACAACGUGGGACAUCUCAGUAUUCAGAGGGCAGCAGUGUGGGUUCUGGACCAGUACUACAGUGACUUCCCAGUCUAUAACCCUGCCCUACUCAACCUGCCCAAGUCCAUCCUCUCCAAGAAGAUGUCUGCUUUCAAGGUUUACAACUUGGGGGAAGAGAACAGCACCAAUAACUCCACAGGUCAGUCCAGAACUAUGAUCGCAGCCGCUGCUCGGAGAAGAGACAAUUCCCACACCGAGUACUACUACGAGGAGGCAGAAGUGGAGCGCAGGGUCCGCAAACGAAAGGCCAGACUGGUGGUGGCAGUAGAAGAAGCCUUCACCCACAUCAAGCGUCACCAGGACGAAGAGGCGACCGCAUCCUCCCCCAAACACCCGCGGGAGGUGAUGGACCCCAGGGAGGCGGCCCAGGCCAUAUUCGCCCCCAUGGCGCGGGCCAUGCAGAAGUACCUCCGCGCCACCAGGCAGCAGUCCUACCACAGCAUGGAGAGCAUCAUCAACCACCUGCAGUUCUGCAUCACACACAACAUGACUCCCCAGGCUUUCCUCGAGCGUUACCUGAGCCCAGGCCCCACCCUCCAGUACCUGGACACCAGCAGGGGGCGCCAGUGGACACUAGUGAGUGAGGAGCCGGUGACUUCUGCUCUCCAUCAAGGCCAAGUCUUCUCCCUGAGACGCCUCGACUUCUCCCUGGUCGUCACGGUGACGCCCCUCCCCUUCCUGCGUUUGGGCGAAGAGUUCAUCGACCCCAAAAGGCACAAGUUUGUCAUGAAGCUCCAGUCAGAGACGUCCGUGUAGGACGAGGACGCUGAAUCAAACAUACUCAUCUUAGUGCUUUCAGGGUAUCUUCUUUUUAUUUUUAUGAUACCUUUUUAGUUUGUUUUCGUGAUUUUUGUUUUGUUUGUUGAUGAGCGUGACACCCAAGAAUAAAAAAAGAAAAGACAACGUAAUCUCAGACAUUGUUACCCAAACAAACUUUAUUAGACUCAAAGUGCCGACUGUUAACUUUUGAUAUUGCACUACAGACUGCUCCCAGUUCCCAUGAUACUGACGUAUUCUUUGGGUUUCUUAGGGGCUUUUCAACACUCAUUUAAGGAAAUAUAUUGUUUUGAUGAAAGAAAAUUGAUUCUUUGGUUGAAAGAAUGACUACUUGUGUCUAUCAGUUGGAUUUUAGCUUUUUUUUUAUUCCAGCAACAUUUAUUCAAGCAAAUAUACCCAUGUAGGGUCUGUGUUAAAGUAUUUCGAGUGUGCACUGACCUUUUUUAAUGCACACUCUUUGUCAGAGCUAAUCUUACUUCCCUUUUCCCUUUUUUACUUGAACUUCUUGUUAUCGAAUUUGGCCUUUACAGGCUACAGACGGACAGAAUCAGGUGAUGACCCAAUGGUCCCCUGGUCUUAUCUCCCCUUUCGGACAUUGAAUGGUUUCACUGACUGAAUCAUUCCGUCCUCUUUUUGUUAACUGAAAAGUGGACAUGCAUACUGUACUUCCCACUGAAAGUCAGAAAUAAGAAACACUGGAUGGACUUCUAAUGCACUGAUCAUUUCAUCAGUGCAUUGUUGUAUUAUUUCCCGCUCAGGUUUUAUUGAAUCACUUCUCAUUUCUGGAGAAAUUCACUCCUGCACUGAGAACUAAUCUAACUUUCUGAGCAUAAUGUAUGACCGGUUUAUGUCCAGUGAUACUGGUAACGAAUGUUUUCUCCUCUACAUAUGAGGUUUGAAUUGGACUUGAUGAACUCAAGCACAAUACAGCCAAGUACCGCCAAUGUGUCUCUUUUUGGCAGCUUGGUGUGUGUGUGGGUGUGUGUGUGUGUGUGUGUGUGUGUGUGUGUGUGUGUGUGUGUUUGUGU